AUGAAAAUUGAAGCCUUUGGUGAAGUAGAUUCUUUCUGGAAGAAGUGCAAACUUAGAACCAAAAUUCAGGUAGUGGUUCGUGACCAAGACCACUUCUGGAAAAACACAUUGUGUUACGCCACAAACGACCCCAGACUCAAAACAUUUGAUGGACAAUACUACAGCAUGCAACAAGAGGGAGAGUUUAUAAUGUACAAACAUAAGCAAUACCCGGUGGAGGUUCAGAUUGAGACAGAGCUAUGUAACGGAGGGUGGGCAUCGUGUACGUGUGGUGUGUCUGUACGAGCUGGCAAAGACCUGUUCGUGGUCAACCAUUGCCAUGACGACCACCUUGUAGCUGCUGUUAACACAGCUGACGGAGUUUUAGAUGGUGUGCAGCGAUCAAGCUACAGUCAAGAAUUCUACCUUCCAUACGGAACCUCAAUACAAGUAUACUACUUUGUUUCAACAUGGUGGUCACCAAUGAACGUUUAUAUAUAUCCUUCUCCUGCUGACAUGAACAACGUCGAAGGCCUUUGUGGACACUUUAAUGGCAACUGGAGUGACGACUUCGUACAUCGUAACGGCGCUAAGACACAGUCACAAAGCUACUACUGGAGAUGGUGGUGGUGGGGCGGAGACCCUGUAGAUUUUUCUAAAUCUUGGCAAGUUUCAGACGACGAGUCAUUGUUGAAUCCUGACCGGAUAGCAAAGCUUUCAAAAUGGAACGAAGAAGAGCAAUACUGCGUUUGUCCGGAGAAACUGGACGGAGACAGAGAACCGACCUGUCAUCGCAGAGAGGCUGAUUCGUGCGCGAAGAUUGAGGAUAAACCUGGGAAAAGAUUUGGGUCAUUGAAAACCGAUAGAGAUCGACGUUCCGUUAAUUAUUUGGAUGAGCAUGAUAUAAUCGAAAGACUUCAUAAUUUGAUGACAAAACGCAUUUACAAGCGUAGCAUCAGUCGUGUGAAGCGGGAAGUUAAAGCUUCUGAUGACAACUAUGAUAAGGCAGUCGACGAGUGUCAGCAGUAUCUAAAUGCUAACUGCAAUGGCGCAGACGCUGCGUCGGCAUCAAGUAUAGCUGGAAACACAUCCAACGACUGUGCACAGGAUAGAAUGGUGGAUGAAAAUGCAGAUUCCUCUGCUGCCACAGAAUCGGCCUGUGUUAGCACAAAGUCUGUUGCAAAAGAGAUAGUAGAAAGGGAUAUAGAGUUUCAGGCAGCCAAUCCCAGUGUUACACAAAAGUUUGAACAAACAUGCGUUGACAAUUGUCAUGGAAACGGCGUUUGCAAAGGAAAUGAUACAUGUGAAUGCUACGGAGGGUUUGAUCCCUUAAGCAACUGUAAGGUGAACGUAUCCGAACCGCCCGAGAUCAUUAGCACAACUGGAGGUGGCGUUUGCAAUCCAAAGAUGAAAGCGUGUGAGGCGUUACGAUACACGACCAAGCAUGGAUGCAGUGUGGAAAGUGUGUGCAAAGUGACGGCAAAAGAAUUUUACCAAAGUGGAAACAAAGUAACCCAUGAGACCACCUACGUUGCGGCAAUUUGCGACAAUGGCUGGGAUGCAUAUUGCCCCAUUCCUUUCAACAGUCGGCGUAAGAGAUCUGUCGAUCCAUUGCUGGUAGUGGAGUACGAAACAGCGAUAAGCAACAACAACAUCAGCUUCAGUAUAAGUACACCAGUGGCUGUUCUUGACUCAACGUGUCUUUUGUUCCACUCCUCCACCGAGGUUAUUACUAUUGACCCCCAGUAUUGCCUGAUUGCUGGUACAUGUGUUCUCUCUGGAGAGAGGGAUCCUGGUAAUGCGUGUAGCUAUUGUAGCCCAGACAAGGACACGUAUGCAUGGCAAACUGACGGUUGUGAUGAGCCAACGUCAAACAAGACGCCUGUGAUAAUUGGCGUAGCUGUAGCAGUUCCUUUGGCAGUGAUUCUGUUUGUGACAGUGGCUAUAAUUCUGUACAAGAAACAUAAAUCCAACAAAAUCAGAACCGAAUCAAGUCUGUAUGACAAUGUCAUGAGGUGCCACUUCAAGUACCCGACUCUACGAGUAGAAAAACCUUGCUACGAGAUGCCGUCUUCUCCAAACGAAACCACGUCGGAAUAAAGAGACAGAAGAAAACCGCGUACUUACCUUUUACUAUUUGUUAUGUUUAUUGUGCACAGAACGAAUAGAAAUUAUUGCAAAAGGCGGACUUGGUGGCCUUUCAAAGAUCUGUUAAAGUCCAUUACUUUAAUUUUACAUUUUUAAUUGUAUUGUGCAUGAACGAAUGAAACUAGAACAUAGUAAACGUAUAGUGUAAUCUAUAAAAAUAGAAGAUUCAUUCAGGGACGAAGACACGCGGUUCUGCAAAGUGAAAAGUAAAAUUAAUGUAAAUAAUUAUUUUUUAAACGCAAUUAAUACAUAUGUGUAUAUAUGCUCGCAUAACAUUUCAUUAAAGUAUAGUGUUUACUUUUAACUUAAAAUCAUUUUAUUUUAUAACUCUGUUUCUAACAAGUCCGUAUUCAUUACACCAUUGAGAGUUUUGUGUUAUUAAUAAAAAAUAAUUUAAAACGAUUUCAUACUUAUUCGUGUGAAUAUGCUUUAAGGAAGUAGUCUAUCACCUUAAUACAACUAAUUGUCAUUUAUAUUUACAAGACCAUUGUUUGUUUUCUGAUAUGUUUAACCAUUACUAAUUUAUUACAAAGAUAUUGUUCUAUUAUUUCGGAAAAUACAUCUGCUUUGGCAAGUGCAAAAAAAAUAUUGAAAAAAAACGCACACUCGCACGUUUACAUAAAAUACACGUUUGAUUACCGCGUAUAUUAAAUAGUCAGAUGCGUACACUUUUAAUCAACAUGAACAUAUUUAACAGUUGUAGUAAAUGUAUAUGUGUAUUCCCUGAAGGUGGGUAUAUAGUGAUCGCAUGUCUGUCCGUCUGUCUCUCCGUCUGUCUGUCCGUCUGUCUGUCUGUCUUAAAGUCUGUCACACUUUGCGAUUAGGUUUCGAAAAAUGCUCAUAACGUCUAUGUCGUUUCAGAUGUAACCUUCAUAUUUGGUAUGCAUGUGUGUAUUGACAAGGCCUUUCCCUACGCACACAAAUAUUCAUCCCCUUGGCUUUGACCUUGAACAUAGGUUCCGCGUUUAGGUUACGAAAUCUGCGUUUAUGUUUCGAAAAAAGCGUGUUUUAUUUCGGGGGCAUAUGUCAUCCUAUGGUGACAGCUCUUGUUCCUUAUACUUAUUCACCAUGUUAGUGUUUGUAUUUUAUUUGAGUUUUAAUAAAGUAGAUAGUUUUUUUGUUUUAUCUU